AUGGCGGCGUUGAUGCCAGCUAUCGUAGCCGGCUUGGCUAUCUUUGGCGGCUACAAUUAUGGUCCAUCUGUUAAACGAGCCGCGACAGUUGUUGGAGUGGCACGGACCAUCAAGAACACUCCAAUCGAUCUCAGCACAGAUCUCACCUUCAUCGGCGACACGGUUCACUGCGAGGACAUCCAUCGCCAUGAACCAAGCGGGCUCCUCUUCACGGCAUGCGAGGAUGACCCGGAAACCCGCAAAGUGUGGUUCCCGCCACUUGGACUUCUCAACGACCCGGUCAAGGCAAGCAAGUCGAGAGGUUCUAUUCACGUCAUAAACCCGGUGGACAUGACUGAGAAGCGCUUGAGGUUUGAGAACUUUGACAGCUCUUUCGUAACUCACGGCAUCGAUGUCGUUACAGAUCCUGAGAGGCCAGAGGCGGUUUAUGUGUUUGCUGUCAACCACGUCCCGCACCCCGAGUAUGUUGCGGCCAAAGUUGGCGGCGGCCAAGGGGACCAAAAGAUCACGCAAAAGGCCCAAUCUCAGAUUGAAAUCUUCCAUCACGUCCUGGGUUCAUCCACGGUCAGGCAUGUUCGCUCAGUACAGCACCCGCUCAUCAAGACCCCCAACGACAUCUACAUCAAGGAUCCCCACUCGUUUUACGUCACCAAUGACCAUUACUAUCGCGAAGGACCUAUGCGGCAUGUCGAAGACUUGUGGCCUGGAACGUCUUGGACGGACACCAUUCACGUCCGCAUCGGCAAGCUCUCCGUCUUGAAGCCUACCGACGAAAUCACCGCCGAGGUAGCCUACAAGGGGCUACGCAACAACAACGGCCUGGGACAUUACAAGCCCGGCAAGAUUCUCAUCGACGACUGCUCCAAGGGCACGAUGCACAUCGGGCAGCUCUCACAAGAUCCCAAGAACGCCAGCAUCAGCAUCGAAGACUCGGUCGAGCUAGACUCCUUCAUCGACAACCCGAGCUACUUCGAAGACCCCUAUCGUUCCGAGACCCAAGACGCCAGUGGAUUCAUUCUCCCGGGCCUGGCUCGGGCUGUGGACAUACCCAAACAGAUUGGCGAUCCUUCCGCUGAUAUUGCCUCCAUUGUUUGGUACGUUAAGCCUAUUAAAAACUGCAAGAGCACCAACAAGGCCGACUGCUGGGAGAAGCGGGUGUUGUUCGAAGACGACGGAAGGAGGGUCCGUUCAGCUGCAGGGGCAGUCUUGGUGGCCAUCGACCCAGCCAAGGAAAACUCAAAGAGAAAGGCAUGGCUUUUCGUCACUGGUUUCGUUUCAAGCAGCGUCGCGGCGAUCAAGGUCGAUCUUUAA